ACAUGAAGCUUCUUGUACUCUCUCUUGCCUUCGCCUCAGCUCUAAGCCACGUGAAGGGUAAUAAGCCAGUUUGGGCGGAUGAAGUGGCCAAUGGGGCACACCAAGAUGCAUUGAAGCAUCUCAACAAGAGCGUUACAGAACGUUACGACAUGUUAAAUGCCACCUAUAGGAUCGACCCAGUGUGGGGUGAUAACUUCUCUUGCGUGGGCGUUUCGUCUGUCAGCUUUAACGAGGAUGAGAAGAGCGCUCUGGUAUUCUUCUUGUUUAGGAACGAGGAUGAUGUGUUAUUCCAAGGUUCUUAUGAAAAAGCAACUGCUGUUAAGAUGUACGGUUACAGUAAAGAAAACGCUAUCACAUACGAAACGGAGGGUGGACAAAACUUGACAAAUGUCCUCGCAUUCUCUGAUGACAAUUGCUAUGUGGUGUACGCUCUUGACGCAAACGGAACUGAGAGAGCUUACGAACAAUGGGUAACCGAUUUCAAUAAUGUUCCAACCUGUUGUCUGGAGAAGUUCAAUGAGUACGCUGCUGGUCUGCCGGUACGGGACGUAUACACAAGUGAUUGCAUCCCAGAAUUCGAUUAUUAA